AUGUCACGACUUCUACGACAACCCGCGCAGCUGGCGCGCCUCGCACGGCUAUCGAACCCCCAGCUGUUGAGACGAACGCUCCAGCCCUCGAUUCUCUCGCGGUCAAUAGCGCCCAGCCCAUCGGCCAUUCGCUGCACCACACCUUGGCGCCCGUACUCGACGAACAACAAAUCAGAGCCCAAAGACAAGGCCAAGAAGGACGACGGGAAUCAGUCCAAGCCUGCCACGGAGGAAACGAAGAAGGAUGAAGACGAGUGGUCAUUGCCUCUGCCUGAGGGCUGGGUGUACCUCUCCAAGCCGCAAAUGGAGGCGUUUGUUCGCCAUCUCAGCAACGGCCCGCCGGCGUACACUGAGCAGAUGAAGAUGGUGUUGCGCCUCGUUGAGAAGUCGGGUGUGCCAAAGGAGGCCGUUGAUGUCAUCCAGAAACUACGGACGAAUGGCAAGCUGUCCAUCAUCGACAAGGGCCGACUUAUGCGCUACUCAGUUCAGAUCGCUUCACGAGCCGCGGAGAUCGAUGCGCAGACUGGUGGCGCCCUGGGCAAGAUGAACACCGACAAGAAACCCUCAACAGACUUCAACCAAAAUGAGAAGCCCGGUGAGGAACCAAAGAAAGAGGAGGAGAACAAGACAUCGGAGGGCAAGGAGGGGUCAGCCCAAGAGAGUAAGUCGGACGCCGAUUCGCAACAGCAGGCAAAGCGUCCGGGGAAAGCUGGACAGCCCGGCUCGCCAUUUGGCGGCGGUGGCGGCGGCGGCGGAUGGGGUGACAGUCUGCAGUCCAUACUGCUGCUCCUCAUUAUCAUGUUCGGGUACGAUUUCCUGUUUAACCGCAGCGUCAGCAAGGAGAUUACAUGGCAAGAGGCCAGAGUCAACUAUCUGGACAAAGGCCUGGUCACCAAGAUGGUUGUAGAAGACGACAGCAGGGUCCUUCUGCAACUGGUGCCCGAGGCCCAGGCCGGGCAGCCCCAGCUCGCCUUCUCCAUCGGCUCGAUCAAGUCGUUUGAGCGCCAACUGGAGCAGGCGCAGGAUGCCCUCGACAUCCCCCCCAACGAACGCAUCCCAGUCAGCUACGAGAAGGGUGGCAGCACGCUGGGCAACCUAUUCCUGGCGUUCGGCCCGACCCUCCUGUUUGUUGGUAUCAUCAUCUGGACAUCGAGGAACAUGGCUGGGCGAGGUGGUGGCGGCGGCAUCAUGGGGUUCAGCAAGAGUAAGGCCAAGCGCUUCAAUGCCGAGAGCUCCGUCGGCGUCAAGUUUGCCGAUGUCGCUGGCUUGGAGGAGGCCAAGGUGGAAAUCACCGAGUUUGUCAGCUUCCUGAAGAACCCCCAAAAGUUCGAGAAGCUCGGUGCCAAGAUCCCACGCGGCGCCAUCUUGGCCGGUCCUCCCGGUACUGGUAAAACGCUGCUGGCCAAGGCGACUGCUGGCGAGUCUGGCGUGCCGUUCUUCAGUGUCAGCGGCUCGGAGUUUGUCGAGAUGUUUGUUGGUGUUGGUGCUUCGCGUGUCCGUGACCUGUUCGCCGAAGGUCGCAAGAACGCGCCCUGCAUCAUCUUCAUUGACGAGAUUGAUGCCAUCGGUCGUUCGCGUCAAGAAGGCAAGGGAGGUUUCGGUGGCAACGACGAGCGCGAGGCUACGCUCAACCAGAUCCUGACGGAGAUGGACGGAUUCAACACUCGAGAGCAGGUCGUUGUGCUUGCCGGCACCAACCGAGCCGACGUCCUUGACAAGGCGCUGAUGCGUCCUGGUCGUUUUGACAGGCACAUCUACAUUGACCGCCCGACGCUCAAGGGCCGCAAGGAGAUCUUUGCCGUGUACCUGAAGAAGAUUGUGACCAACGAGGACACGGAGCAUCUCAUUGGUCGCUUGGCGACGUUGACUCCUGGCUUUGCCGGUGCUGACAUUGCCAACGUCGUCAACGAGGCCGCGCUGAUUGCUGCCCGAGCCAACGCCGACGAGGUCAAGAUGAUGCACUUUGAGCAGGCUAUCGAGCGAGUUAUUGGUGGCCUUGAGCGCAAAUCGCUGGUGCUCAAGCCCGAAGAGAAGAAGACUGUUGCAUACCACGAGGCCGGCCACGCCAUCUGCGGUUGGUUCUUGGAGCACGCUGAUCCGCUGCUGAAGGUGUCUAUCAUCCCUCGAGGGCAGGGUGCUCUGGGUUAUGCCCAGUACUUGCCCCAGGAUGCCUAUCUCAUGAACACCAACCAGCUGAUGGACCGCAUGGCCAUGACCAUGGGAGGUCGCGUAUCGGAAGAGCUCCAUUUCCCGACUGUCACGACCGGAGCCAGCGACGACUUCAAGAAGGUGUCUCAGAUGGCACGCAAGAUGGUCAUGGACUGGGGCAUGUCCGAGAAGGUGGGCCCCGUUCACUUUGAGGACAACCCCAACGCCGUGACCAAGAGUCAUUCAGAGGCCACUUCACUCCAGAUCGACGGCGAGGUCGAGCGCAUCGUCCGCGAGGCCUACCAGCGGUGCAAGGACCUCUUGACGGAGAAGAAGAAGGAGGUGGGACUCGUGGCCGAGGAGCUCCUCAAGAAGGAGAUGCUCGUGCGGGACGACAUGGUCCGACUGUUGGGCAAGAGGCAGUUUGGCGACAACAACGAGGAGUUUGAAAAGUACUUUGGCGGCGGUCAGGGCGCCAACCCGAUCGACACGGACAACCCCGACCAACCUACACCGGCCCCUGCCUUCACAAAACUACCCACCGAGGAGUCGAGAAGGUGA